AGUGUAAUUGAAAUUAAAAAUAUUUUCAAAUUUACCUGCAAAUUGCUAACAUUCAUUAUAUUAAUUGUAGCAUUUGAAGGCUUUUGAAAAUGGAAACAGAUAAUCAAAAUGUUCAGAAAACUCAAUUAUGCAACUAUUUGCCAGAGCGAGUACAUUCUGAAGGAAGACGAAAACUUAUGUCUUGGUUGAAUCAACAAAUGAAAGUCAAUUUAAUAGAUGGUCGCAUUUUAGUAGGAACAUUUGUUUGUACUGAUAAAGAUGCCCAUAUUAUACUUAGUACAUGUUAUGAAUACUUUAAUGAAAAAGAUUUAGAUACUGGAGAAUCUCGACUUUUAGGUUUAGUAAUGAUACCUGGACGACAUAUUGUUUCAAUUCAUACAGAUGUACAACAAAUAAAUGAACAACCUAUAAAUGCAUCAAACUUUGAAGAAAUAAUAUGAUAGCAUAAAAAUUAGCAUAUUGCAGUUAUGAUUUAAUCAUUGUGUGUGUUUUUUUUCAUUGUUAAUAUUUAAUACAAGUCCUAAAUUAUUUUUUUUUUUUUUGUCAAAAUAUUAACAAAUUUUUAAGUAUAUAUGUAAGAAAAUUACAAAU